UUCACAUCUAGGGGCAGUUUAGCAUAGCCAGUUCACCUUCUAGCAUGCUUUUGGGAGGUGGGAGGAAACCAGAGAACCUGGAGGAAACCCACAUGGAUACAGGGAGAACAUGUGAACCUGCACACAGACAGUGACCUGAGCUCAGGACUGAACUGGGGACAGUGGAGCUGUGAGGGCGCAAUGCUAACUGCUACACAGAAAAAUAUAUAUGUUACAAAAAAACUGUGUUUUAGUGUUAAAAUAAAACGAUACUUCUACUCAAAACAUCACUCAUAAAGACAGGUUUGGGCUCAUUUUCUUGAAGGGUGCCAAUAAUUCUGGAGCUGACAGUUUCUGUGGUCUUACAAUCAGCACUAGCUAUAUUUCAGCAUUUCGCGUUUUCGUUUUUGUAAGUCCCUUGCCGGCAUCCGUAACGAAAAAGUAAACAGAUGCUGACUGUAACUUUUCUACCGGCGGAUUCGUUAGCAGUAGCAUUAGCAUGAGCAUUAGCAUGAGCAUUGUUGUCAAGAUGUGUGUGAGGAACCCGAGUGUUAAAUAUUCGCCCUAGUUGUUUUCUUUUGAACCUGAGCAUCAUAUCUGUCCUACAGUGUUCCUGCUGCUCGUUAGCCCCGGCUACAUCACUUAGCAAGCUAGCUCUCUUGUGCUCUGAUGCUAAUCAGUAGGAUUCAGUGAAAUGGAGAUAGUCUACACUCAAGGCAUUUGGAUGGCUGAGCUUCUUCAGUCAAACACCAGAAAGUAUGAAUCUUUCUGGCUGCUCGUUACUCAUAUGGGAGACCCAAAAGCGGCGUUCCUGCUCGUUUUCCCACCCGUUUUCUACCUGCACAGACGAACAGGCAUCGCCAUCCUCUGGGUGGCUGCUGUAUCAGAGUGGCUUAAUCUUCUCUUUAAAUGGGUCCUGUUUGGGGAAAGGCCUUACUGGUGGAUAGGUCAGUCGGGUUUGUUUGUGAAAAACAGCCCUUCGGUCCAGCAGUUCCAGUCCACCUGUGAGACAGGACCAGGCAGUCCCUCAGGCCAUGCCAUGGUCACCGCUGCAGUCUGGUGGGUGGCGGUGUCCGCCCUGGCCUCCUUUCUCCACGCUCGCUCUGGCAGUAAGAUACUGGCUGCGGUACCGUACGUCUUCUACACGCUGCUGCUGGGAGCAGUUGGUCUGUCUCGGGUCUUCAUUUUGGCUCAUUUUCCGCACCAGGUCAUCGCUGGUGUUCUGACAGGCAUGAUGCUGGGAGUGUUUUUAAACCGCACAGUGCCAGAUUGUCGCCCCCUGCUGUUCUUCCUGUGCUCCAGCAUGGCUCUGCUGUUCGGAGCACUGCUCAUGCAUGCUGUGCUGAAGAAGGUUGGCAUCGACCUCGCCUGGUCUAUUGCGUUGGCCAAGAGAUGGUGCUCUAAGUCUGAGUGGGUUCGCAUGGACACAAAUCCUUUCUCCUCUCUGAGCCGCGAUGCUGGCGCGCUGCUCGGGCUGGGGCUUGCCCAGUUCUGGAAGCCGGGAGGAUGGGUACUUCCCUGGGUGCCAAAGACCCUCUGCAUGGCGCUGUCCUCCAUGGCCCUGUACCACGUGAGCCGGUUCCCUCUGCCUACAGCUCCAGCCCUCCUCUUUUACUCACUCUUUUUCCUCAAAUAUGUCAUAGUGCCCCAGGUAGUGAUGGUGCUAGUACCUGGCCUGGUGCAUCUCCUCACAGCCAAACCCAAGAGGGACUGAGAAGAAUGAACAGAAUGACUUUUAACCUCUGUAUGGAGUCAAAAAUUGCCACCGAAGGUAGUGUAUUGACAAAUGGCUGUUCCAGGACCAUCACAUUAGUUGUCACAAGGCUAGCUGUUUAUUCUACAGGUAUCAUUCCAUAUUGAGAAGAAUGACAAUUUUCAUAUUGUCCACUAAAUUUGUUUUGUUCUGUCAAAAUGUUCUGUCCAAUUCAAACACUGAUUUUUUUUUUUUAAAUAAACGGUAGUAAUAUGUCCCAGACAGAAUAAUAAAGCAAUAUUUAUAAUGAAGACGUUAAAUGUAUACAGGGAAUAUGCCCUGAGAAAACAUUCCUUCUUGAGUAAUCCGAUUCGUGAGCAGUCUGCAUGUUUGCAGUUCCAUUAUAAGCAAUAAUUCUGCUAUUGUUUUUGACCUUGUCAGGAUUUUCUUAAGUCUAAAUACUGUAUGUGCUUACAUAUAAAAUGUUUGAUCAUUCAUCUUGAUGGGGAAAUGCUGGUUAACAGGUUGCUGUUGGUGCAAGGUCACAGAAGUGCACAGUUUAGUUGAUUCUUGGCAAAUCAACCACUGGAUAGCAAUUUUGUUGGAAUGUCACAUGAAAGAUGCCCUUCCUAAGAACAGCACACAAUUUGCAGCUCCUGAACUCCAUUGAAAAUUGAGUGCUGCAGACCAAAGUCAAACUUUCUGAUCAUGAGCAACAUCAGCAUGUAUAAGCAAAGGUCCCUAGCCUAAAAUGUGGUGGAUCAUUGGUGCUGUGGGGCUGAUUUGUGGCUAGUGAUCUAAGGGCCCUUAAUGCCAUCAUUAAUUCUGCUGCGUACUGGGACAUUUUAAUGCAAAAUCUGGUUGUCUGGUUGAAGUUAUGACUUGAACAUUCAACAAUUCAGCUAUUGUGUACAGUAUUUCAUUAUUGCUAUUACAUACAUGUUCUCUCUUCAUGUAACAGUGGGACAUGCAAACCGACUUGACUGUAAAGGCCUUUUAUUCUCCUGUUGUUAAGAGAAUGAGACAAAACGUAAUCGGUGUUUUGCAGUGGCCGUCUGUUUAGCACCCUUCAACAGAGGUAAUACAAUGGCAACUCCAUUAAAAAUAAUAUGUAACCUUACAGGAAGAUGAGUCAGUCUAAAUGCCAUAUCAAGCAGAAUUGCAGACAUUGAGGCCUUUUUGUGUGUUCAUAACACAAAGGAAAAAUAAAGUCAUAGCAUUGGCCCGAUAUAUUAUUGGCAUUUUUGUGGCAGUAAUAGGGAGAAUAAAGGUAUUAUUGUAAAAAGGGCCUCCAGUCUGGACCCAAUUGAAUACCAGUGAUGUGAAUUGAUGGUGUCCAUAUGCACAAGCCUAAGAAUACAAAGGAGUUUAAAAAGGUGCAUCACGGAGGAUUCAAGAUUCUCUACAUGUGUCUCAAACUUUGUAGAAAUUGUACUGCUUUAAAAGGUUAUGCUUGAAAAAAGAAUUGUAUUAAAAUAAUACUACACAGUAUCAAAUGUAUGACUUAAAACACCAUUAACUGUAUGUGUUACUCAUUUCAUAUAAUAAUUUCUGCUCAUUUUCAGAAUAAUUUUGAAGUUGACUGUAUCACAGUUAUUUGCAGUAUGAUUAAACACAUAGUCACAGA